AUUUUUGUCACGUCGCAACGGACAGGGGUCAGUUUUCCCAGUCGCUCUCGAACGCAUCUGCAGUUUUUCAGCUUGAUUGCUGAUGCGCUCCAGCUGGACUGCUCCCUUUAUACUGGACUGUGACAGCCCUUCAGGGCCAGAUCGUACUGUCACGUACCAGGAGAUUGGAUUCAUAAAUUAUCAGAGCCCCAGGGAUAGGUGAAUAAGUUUUAUUAAGGAGAAUAAACGGAGUGCCAGUGAUUACAGGUAACUGACGGUGAUGAGAGAGUCCGGGUGAUGGAAGACAGCGGCAGGUGUAUCCGUGUCUUCCGACGGAGCAGAAGUUGUCAGAAGACAAAGUGGAAUAGGAUUGGAGGGCCAAAGCUCUCAACAACCGAAGGCAUAGAGGAGAAGAUGAUCUGCAGGAUGCUGCUCCUCAUCCCCUGCUCAUCUGUCUGUGCAGCAACAUUUGUAGUGAAUGUGACACAGAGCUCCUAUCAGGCAGAGGAGAACCACAACAUCACUCUGGAGUGGACCUUCACCACCAAACCUGACGUCUCCUGGAGGUUCCUGUUUAUCAUCUGUAACCUGAUAACUGAUAACAGAGUCUUAACCCUGUAUCAUGUCCAUGAUGGAGUUGAGGUACCAAAGUCUCAGGAUGGACAGUUUGCAGGACGAGUCCAGAGUGACAAAGACGUCCUCAGAGAAGGACGAAUCAGACUUUAUGUGUCCAGACUCAGAACUAAUGAUUCUGGUCUGUAUGUGUGUGAUGUGAAGACAGAUUACGGCUUCAGCUCUGAAAAAUGUCAACUGAACGUUACCGGAGAGUUAAGAGAGAAAACAACUUUCUAUCAGGCAGAGGAGGACGACAACAUCACCAUCAGAUGGGACAGCCAGAACCAAACAGACAUGUCUCUCACCAACAUCAUCUGUGUUCUUCUCUCAAAACCUGAGAAAGUUUUCUAUGAACUGAUGGAUGGUGUUGAGCUUCCAGAGUCUCAGUAUCAACAGUUUUCAGGACGAGUUCAGUGUGACAGAGACGCUCUCAGAGAAGGACGAGUCACACUUCAUCUGUCCAGAGUCACAGCUGAAGACUCUGGAAGGUACCGGUGUGAAAUUAAUAAUUAUAACAAGACCUUAAGGCGAUGGGAGCUUCAGGCUGAGUUUAAUUUUGUUCUGAAUGUGACUCCAGCUUCUCAUGAGGAAAGUUUCAUGUCUCCCAUCACAACAAAGCCUGGAUUGGUCAUUAUUAAAGGUGCAACACACAGAGAGGGUGGACUAUUGAUUGAUAUGAUUUUGCAUGUAUUGACAAUGGGUCCAUUUGUUUGUGGAGUUAUUGUAGGUAUACGAGAAAUGGUUUACAUUGACAGACAACAGAAAGGUAGGCUUCAUUAGCUGUUUUACAUUUAACUCUUAUCUUUUAUUGCUGGUGUUGACUCUUCUGUCAUGUAAAUCCUACAGAUAACUGAGAGAGAGAGAGAGAGAGAGAGACAGUGUCCUCAUUGAGCUGCUGUUACAAAUUGCCAACGUACAUCAUUCGCAUGACUUGGACCC